UUCUAAAUAAUUCAAUGUCCCCGCUGCGGAUAUCGCGCAUGUAUGCCAUGCCGUUCGUGAAAUUGCAGAUCUGUGACGGACAGUGGAAUGGUCGCAGAAAGAAAUUGAAGUGUUUUUAUAAACGUUCACAACUAUUUGAGUUGACAUGAAUAAGUAGUGUUGGAAAUCAGCCACUACGGAUGACGUUGUCCAACAAUGUUUUGAUUCAAUCGGUGACGUAAUCCAGAACACAACAAAUAUGGUUCCCACUUAGUUUUGUGUCGAAACGUAAAGUGAUAAUUACUUUCAAUGUGAUUAUUUGUUUCCUUUAAAAUUAAGGUUUAAACGGAUAUAAUAGGCAAGGGCUCAGAUCAUGGAAGCGAGUGCAGAAUCUGGACGCAAACUGCGCUCCAUCUGCCGGACAAUGUAUGACGAAAACGAGGACUUCUCUGACGUUGAAGAAAUUGCAAAUGUCAGGGGUUUCAAUCUGGAGGAGAAACUUGUUAGCGACUCAUACAACACACAUUUCGUUCAGUUGAUGGAUGGCAAAGAUUUCACUUAUGAGUAUGUUCAGAGAGAGGCACUUCAGACCCCUCUUAUUUUCAAAGCCAAAGAUGGACUGGGAAUCAGAAUGCCAGACCCGGAGUUCACCGUCAGUGAGAUUAAAGGUUUGGUUGGUAGCCGUCGUGCCGUUGAUGUGAUGGAUGUGAGCACCCAGAAAGGCUCUGAGAUGAGCAUGGCCCAGUUUGUCCGCUACUAUGAGACGCCUGAGGAAGAGAGGGACAAACUCUUCAAUGUUAUCAGCCUAGAGUUCAGCCACACCAAACUGGAGAACCUCAUCAAGAGGCCCACUGUGGUGGAUUUAGUGGACUGGGUGGACAACAUGUGGCCCCUAAAACUGAAACGAAGACAAACCGAAGCCACUAAUGUCAUCUCAGAGAUGAAGUACCCCAAAGUACAGAAGUACUGUUUGAUGAGCGUGAAGGGCUGCUAUACUGACUUCCACAUUGAUUUCGGGGGCACGUCUGUGUGGUAUCACGUUUUCAAGGGAGGGAAGGUGUUCUGGCUGGUGCCUCCGACGCCUCAUAACCUUGCCCUGUAUGAGGACUGGGUUCUGUCAGGCAAGCAGAGUGACAUCUUCCUGGGAGACCGUGCAGAUGGCUGCCAGAGGGUGGAGCUGAAACAGGGCUACACCUUCUUCAUCCCCUCUGGCUGGAUUCAUGCAGUCUACACCCCCGAGGACACGCUGGUGUUUGGAGGCAACAUUCUGCACAGCUUUAACAUUCCCAUGCAACUCUCCAUCUAUGAGAUAGAGAAUAGGACUAAGGUUAAUUCCAAGUUCCGCUACCCAUUCUACCAUGAGAUGUGCUGGUAUGUCCUGGAGAGGUACGUGCACUGCCUGACCAAGCGCUCCCAUCUCACUCCGGAGUUCCGCAGAGAGCCUCUGCUAAUCGACUUGGAAACUAAGCUGAGCACAGAGAGCCCCUCCUCUGACUCCCGGAGUCAGGACAUGGACGAGGAGGACUCCUGCGAGACGCAGCAGGGACGAGAUGAACAGGGUGACAGGUCAGCAUUUGAUGAUCCCUGCUCUCCUGAUAACAGGAAGGGUAAAUCCAGCGGCCUUCGACAUCUCAAAGCUGCCUUGUCCAAUGAUUCUGAGGACAGCUGCAUCCCCACCUCCACCCAGCCUCCAGAGUUCCCCAAAACCCCCUUUGGCUCGCCAGUCUCAGAGUCUCCGAGUAAAUGGACUCAUCUGACUGAGUUUGAACUGAAGGGCCUCAAGGCCCUUGUGGAGAAACUGGAAGCCCUCCCUGAAAAUAAGAAGGGUGUUCCAGAUGGCAUCAAGGACCCCCAGGCCCUGCUGGAGGACAUGAAGGUUGUCUUGAAGGAACAUGAAGAUGAUGACCCCAAAAUGGCUGCCACUGGAGUACCUGUGGUGUUCUGGCCUAAGAAGUCUGCCAAGACACUAUCCAGAGCCGCUGAGAAAGCGACAACUACGAAAGACAUUGUGACUUCUGGGGAAGUUAAUCAGAGACUCUCUGAUGAACAGACUCUCCAGCAGACAGACCGGCGAUUCCAACAGAGAAGACAACAACGACAUUUGGACCAGCAGCGGCCUCCCAACAGACCCAAACCCAAAAUGGCGGCCUCGUCUCCUGCGGCGGCAGUCAAGCUGUCGGCUAGCCGGAGCACGUCUGGCGCCCGGAGGAGGAGGACGCGUUGUCGGAAGUGCGAGGCGUGCCUGAGGACAGAGUGUGGAGAAUGCCACUUCUGUAAAGACAUGAAGAAGUUUGGAGGGCCAGGUCGCAUGAAACAGUCCUGCAUCAUGAGGCAGUGUAUAGCGCCUGUUCUGCCCCACACAGCGGUGUGUCUGGUGUGUGGAGAGGCAGGGAAGGAGGACACAGUGGAGGAAGAGGAGGACAAGUUUAACCGCAUGCUCAUGGAGUGCUCCAUCUGCAAUGAGAUAGUCCAUCCUCUCUGCCUCAAGGUGAAAGAUUCCGGUGGAGUUGUAAAUGACGAGUUGCCAAACUGCUGGGAGUGUCCAAAAUGCAACCAUUCAGGGAAGACAGGGAAAGCCGUCAAGCAAAAAAGAGGACCAGGGUUCAAGUACGCGUCCAACCUUCCCGGGUCGCUGCUGAAGGACUCACGAUUGAACCGUGACAUCAAGGAAGAGCCCGACCCGCCCAGCCUGCCAACAUCACCCACUGGGACCACGGCAACCGUGACCACAGUGAAGAGGAAGGCGGAUCGUGAUGACACCCCCAAAACGAAAGCAGAGGAAUCUCCUCCUCUGAAGAAACGUUCUCCCAUGCUGUCUCUGAGCGGCCUGCCCCGACCAAGGCCUGAGGACAACCCUCUGAGGAAGAAGAGGAUGCUGUUCGACAUCAAAGAUGAGGACGAGCCUCCUGUUGUCAAGAAAAAGAAGAAGCCCCCAAAACCUGAAGACCUUUUGAUCCCCAAGCUGUUAAAGACCAUCAAGCAAGAGCAAGUAGAUGAGGACGAAGAACACAAAGACCAUGAAGAUGAAGAGGAGGACAGAUGCACAGGGGACAGGGUUGCAACUAAAGGGAAAAGAGAAGAGGAGGAAGAGGAUGGAGAUGAGGAGGAGGAGAAAGAUGGUGGUGUAGAGGACAGUAAAGACGGUACAGUAAAGACUAUGCUGAGUCCACUGCUACGGACGUCUACGGCCAGAGAGAGUGACCAGUCCUGCUCCAGCUCUCCCCGGGCAGGGCCCAGCAGUGAAGGGUGCGAUGCCCCAGAGAAGACACCUGGCCAGCUGAAGGCACGCAAGCGCCGCCGCCUCCCCAACAAAGAGCUGAGCAAGGAGCUGAGCAAAGAGCUCAAUCUGGAGAUUCAGAAGACCGAGGACUGCCUGGCCAAUCAGAACCGCAGACCACUGAAGAGGGAGGACAGCCUAGCCAAUAACAGCCGUCGACCCUUGAAAACUGAGGACUCCUCGACCAAUCCGAACCGCAGACCACUAAGAAUAGAGGACUCUCCUGCCAAUCAUAAUCGCAGGCCAAUUAAGACUGAGGAUGGCCUAUCCAAUCACAACCGCCGGCCAUUGAAGAUCGAGGACAGGUUAGUCAAUCGGAAUCACAGGCCAAUGAAGACAGAGCCUGAGAGCGACGGGGAGGAGCCUAAGCUUAAGCGGCCACUCAACAACUGCACCAGUGACCUCGGAGACUGGCUCCACCCCAGGGGGCGGGAAUUAAAUGGGACGGCACGCCAGCUCUCUCCCCUGGGGUGGAGCCGCAGCCCUCCAAUCACACCCAUUUGCCCACGCCCCCCUCCCUGCCGCUCACCGCCCAAGUGUGUCCAGAUGGAGCGUCACGUGAUCCGGCCGCCUCCCAUCAGCCCCCCGCCAGACAGACUGCCCCUGGAAGACGGACAGACCCACAUGAUGCACAGGGAGGUGUGGAUGGCCGUGUUCGGGCACCUCGCACACAGAGACCUUUGUGUCUGCAUGCGCGUCUGCAAAACCUGGAACAGAUGGUGCUGUGAUAAGAGGCUGUGGACGCGGAUCGAUCUGAACCGCUGUAAGUCCAUCACUCCCCUCAUGCUGAGUGGCAUCAUCCGCAGACAGCCUGUGGCUCUGGACCUCAGCUGGACCAACAUCUCCAAGAAGCAGCUCAGCUGGCUCAUCAACAGGCUGCCAGGUCUGCGGAUGCUGCUGCUCUCAGGCUGCUCCUGGGUGGCUGUGUCUGCCCUCUGCACUGCCAGCUGCCCACUGCUGAGGACCCUAGAUGUCCAGUGGGUAGAGGGGCUCAAAGAUGCCCAGAUGAGGGACCUGCUCUCACCCCCCACAGACAACAGGCCAGGUCAGCUGGACAACAGGAGUAAGCUGCGGAAUGUGGUGGACCUGCGUCUGGCCGGGCUGGACAUCACAGACACCUCCCUGCGCCUCCUCAUCCGCUACACGCCCCAGCUGACCAGACUGGACUUGAGCUACUGCAACCACGUCACUGACCAGUCGGUCAACAUCCUGACCGCUGCUGGGACCACCACCAGAGACUCGCUCACUGACAUCAACCUCUCCGUGUGCAACAGAGUCACGGACCAGUCGCUGACCUACUUCAAGCGCUGUGGAAGCAUCUGUCAUAUUGACUUGCGCUACUGCAAGCAGGUGACCAAGGAGGGCUGUGAGCGGUUCAUUGCUGAGAUGUCAGUGAGUGUACAGUUUGGACUUGUAGAGGAGAAACUACUGCAGAAACUCUGUUAGUGGUUGAGAGAGACGGCGCUGUAUGCACUCGCUAGUUAGGACACUCGUUAGAAUAAGGGACCGUCAAGGGUGGCGUUAUCGCCAUGGAGAAAGUGUUGUAUUCUGAUACUCAUUGAAUGCCUCUUGUGCUGCUGAAACAAUAAUGUUUUCCAAAACAGGAUUUUCAACAUGUAAGGCCACCUGGCAUUACUGGACAUUUGACUAAGUUUUCCCCCCCGUUUUGUCUCUGCCAAGAUAUUGAAGUUAUUUUUUUAUUUCUGCAAAUGAACAGGCAGUGUAUGUUCACAAUGGUUAAGUUUUACUUCUUUUGUUUAGUAUGUACUGUUGUUGCAGUGCACAGUUUAUGCAUUACACACCAAUAUUUUUGUAUCAGAAAGUGUUUCGUACUUUUAUGUGCAGUGUUGAAUGCACUGGUUUACAGUAUUCAAUCUGUCUCUGUUUUUAUUAUUUAGACUGUAGAUUUAUGCCAAGAGCAGUAGCUUGUUUUCUGUGCGGCUGUUUUAUAUUUAAUUUAUUUAAGUGCUGAUGUUCAGUUUUAUGCGUGUAAUUGUCUGUACAGUACAGAUACGUUCUCCUUUUCAUGUUUUACUCAACUUAAAUUUGUAAAUAUCUAGAAAAUAAUCUAUUUGUACUGUUUGACAAAUAAAUAUUACUGUCCUUUCCAAGGUUUAUCAAGUCCGUAUGAGUAGGCACCAGUGACUGUUUGCAAGAGGAAGCAUCAUAAGGCUGAUUCAAAGUGUUGUUUUUUUACAAGGGAUUCUCACACCUAUGGAUGCCAGUUUUAAGUAGACACUUGCUUUUGAAUGAAACCAAUACAGUAUGUACACUGAGUGUACAAAACAUUAGGAACACCCUCAGAACAGCCUCAGUUUGUCAGGCCAUGGACUCUACAAGCUGUCGUAAGCGUUUCACAGGGAUGUUGGUCAAUGUUUUCGCUCCAAUACUUCCCACAGUUGUGUGAAGUUGGCUGGAUGUUCUUUGGCUGGUGGACCAUUCUUGAUACACACUGGAAACUGUUGUGUGAAAAACCCAGUGCCGCUGCAGUUCUUGACACUCAAACCGGUGCGCCUGGCACCUACUACCAUACCCCGUUCAAAGUAUAGGUGGCUGGCGGCACUUUAAUUGGGGAGGGCGGGGCUCAUAGUAAUGGCUGGAACGGAAUAAAUGAAAUGGUAUCAAACAUGAUUCCCAUGUGUUUGAUACCCAUUCCAUUGACUCCUUUCCAGCCAUUAUUAUGAGCCGUCCUUCCCGCCCAAGCCUCCUGUGGUUCAAAGGCACUAAAUCUUUUGUCUUGCCCAUUCACCCUCAAUGGCAUACACACAAUCCAUGUGUCGAUUGUUUCAAGGCUUAAAAAUCCUUCUUUAACCUGUCUCCUCCCUUCAUCUACACUAAUUGAAGUGGAUUUAAUAAGUGACAUCAAUAAGGGAUAGCUUUCACCUGUAUUCACCUGGUCAGUCUGUCUUGGAAAGAGCAGGUGUUACUAGUAUUUUGUACACUCAGUGUAUAUGAUCUAAUAAUACGAACUGGGGUACUGUACGGUCAGUGUCUGACAGGUAACUAACUACUUUAUAUUAUACCUUAAUUACACUGGUCGUAAGUAGUGGCUUUUUUUGUGUAUGCAGGCUAUUAUUAGACUAUAUACACUGAGUGUAUAACAAAAGGGUAUGUACAGGAAAUGACAAAAGUAUGACUACUUGGGGCUCCUAAUCUAUGUUUUGAUAAAUCUCCUUUUUGUAUGUGGACAUGCCUAACUACCAAUCACCAUGUCUUCCCUGUGUGGUUGGGAAAUGUAUUAGUAUAUAAUUGGUUCAACUGUAUAUACUGUAAAUCUUACGCUUAGAGAAACUAGUUUGUGACUUUUGAGUUAUUAAAAACUCAUCCUAAAUACUGAGCUCUCUAUUUUUGGUCACUUUUUCCCUGCAAUCGUCUUAAUUUAUCUUUUUUGUUCAUAACCAGUCUGUGCAAUAUGUAAACAAAAAAUGUGUGAAAUAUGUUUAAAAUGUCAUACAUUGGAAUAUCUAUGAAUGUUUUUUAGGUUCUGAAAUAAAUACCUUAAACAUCAAA